GCUAUCGCAAUUUAUGAGUAAACCGUCAGUCUUCCGUUUAUUUAACAUAGCAAAGUCAUACUGGAAUGAAACAGAUAACAUUGUUUAAGUCUUUCAUUUUGUGCAGUCUUUUAAGUUGUCAACUUUGUAAUGCAACAAUGAGUGCUUUAAAACUGGAACUCGUUCAGGUUGUUUUUAGACACGGUGCACGCACACCAGGUCGUAUAGAAGCUGAGCACAUCAAUGCCACAGAUCCAGAGUUGUAUCCCGAAGGUUACCAGGAAUUAACAAAUGAAGGAAAACAGCAAGCUUACAAAUUGGGCACUCUGUUACGAAAAAAAUAUGACGAGUUCCUGGGCACUCACAAUCCUGAAGAAUAUUUUGCCACGACUACUGAUUUUAAUCGAACAAGAAUGUCUUUGCAGCUAGCUCUCACUGGCCUUUUUCCCACUGUGCCAGGAGAUACGUGGAAUGACGAGAUUUACCAAAACUCACGUGAUCCGAAUAUCGUUUACGUUUUGAUACCGUUUGAUACUCCAAAGUAUAAAGAUUUGUAUCCCAGAAUACUGACUAAUUCGAGUGAAUUUCGACAAAAUAUCUCAAAAUACACGGAGUUCCUCGAGAUGAUGGAGAACAAUACUGGUAUUCCCUUUAAGCAAAAUGUCAUCUAUCAUGCAGGAUGGACUUGUCAAGCGAUACAGUAUCACAAAGCUGCGCAUCUACCACUUCCAAGCUGGUACACGGAUGAAUCAAUCGACAGGAAUCUUACUGAACUGUACAAGCUAGGUCUCGACAGCAUGUCUCUGACGACGCAGUUAAGGAGGUUAAACGGUGGCACACUGGUCAGAAAGUUUAUCGAAAAUAUCAAGAACAAUCGCAAAGUCGCACUACCGAAAAAAAUGUACUUGUACUGCGCUCAUGACUUGACUCUGAAUGCAUUUUCCAAAGCUCAAGAUGUCGAAGCUUUUUAUCUUCCACCGCAUGGCAGUGCUUUGAUCAUGGAAAAGUACACGGAUUCUAAGAAAUCCGAAUACGUAAGGAUGCUUGCUUGGGAUGGAGUUAGUGAAAACUUUACAUUGGUGAGAAUAGGUAGCUGCGAGGAGUUUUGUUCAUUUGAAGAUUACUUGAAUAUUGUCAAGAAUAACGUUUCAACGGAUGAAGAUAUAGCUUAUCUCAAAGGCGUUGCGGAUGAAGGAACUUCUUCAUGAAACGUCGAGUGUAAUGUUUUCAAUAAAAUCAAGGAACAAGGAUUUAGAUUAAUUUUGUAGCUGAAAGGCAUGCAUGCACUUUUUUGAAGACAAAACCUUGCGGUUAAGUAAACUGUUGUAUCCAAAAA